AAGCGCUCAGGCUGUUUGAGGAGUUCUUUCGUUCCUCCUACCAAGUGUGCGAUGUUAUUACCCCGAAUAUCAAAGCCUUUUCAUCCAAAGUUUCUCAACUCAAGAUGCAACAGCUCGAUAUCCGGCAAAGUUGCAUAUCCAUCCAAAGUCAGAGCGUACCCAUUCGCUGUUAGUCUGGAUGAGACCAUUAACUACAUGGGAAUCAAUGCAUCGUUAUACUGCGGUGGACGUAAUAUAGCGAGCUCUCUGGCCGCACGGUUCCUGCCUGGUUUCGGUUUCAAGCCAAUACAACCCGCACGCACGAUAGCCGUCUAUCUUCCAACUUGGAUUAUCGAUGCAGAAUUGGAUGCCAAAGUCUGGUCGAGACUGAGGACCCAAGAAGAGGCUCAGCAGCACACAGUAACUGCAUGGUUUCAAGAUUCGAUGAUGCCAGGCUUCGUCUUCGAUCCCCUCUCGCGCAUCUCAUUGAAAAGUCCGAGUUUGCAAAAGUACACCACGGUACCUUUCUCCUCGGAACUGGAGCGGCAAUAUGAACAGGAUAUACUGUGUCUACCAUUCACCAUAUCCCCCUUUUCUCUUCCGUCGUUGGCUCGUUCCACCUCGUUCAAGAAUGCGGUAAUUUCUGACGACCUCCGCUUUGACCCUACUUCCGUAAAGGAACAAAUGACGGCGGCGUACCCCAUUCUCAUACCGGCGUAUCUCCUCCAAUAUGAGACCCAAGUUGAUGAUGAACAUCAAGUCGACCUUACAGUGAUUGUUGAGGCAUACAGGGAGAAAGGAAACUACGUACACAACAAUGUUUUCAAAAUUUGGGCAUCAGCUAUGUCUGACAUUCCAGCAAGCCUGACGCAAUUUCUUCGUGUAAUAGAUGAUGUCGACUUCAUGAGCCGAGGUCCCGAUGCCUUUCCCCUUAUGCGCGUAGCUGAAGUUCGCGCAGUCCAUGGACUGCCAGGCAGACGUGCGCGUGAACUACAACACUGGAUCGAUGGCCUAUUCUUGAAGGAAGGCGCUAUGCCAACUUAUCAGGACCAUUGGAAAGACGAGAACCCUGAUGGUAUAGUGGACUGGGAUGAUCUCAGAAUACGCGAAUGUGUCCCUGAGGAAGUGAACGCGGUGCGAAGUUACAUGGACCUGGGAGUGGUAGAGGCAAAUUUGGGAGACAUGGUCAAGAACAUGGCUGGCGUACUUUCUGAAGCCGGUAUGAAAACUUCUGCAAGCGACGGACCUGCCGAAUCAAAGGAUCGCGAAACAGCCGGUCAAGACAAGCUGCCUAGUCCCGACUCAACUAGUGAAUCACAGAACGAGCGUCCAGGCAAAGCAGAACUGCAGGCAACUCCCGAUUCUAGUGCAGAUGCGAAGGCACCUGAAGCAUCGGAUACGAAAUCGCCCUCUUCCAAGAUUGAGAUUACUACUUCCAAGUCGCCAGGAACGCUGCAGGCCACCCUCAUCACUAAGCAAGGGACGGAUCCUGUAGCGGAGAUUGCGAAGCACAGACAAGGAAAUAAGCCCUCUUGGUUGACGGAAUGGGAAGAGCGUCGGCGCUCGCAGCAGCAGCAGAAAAGUUAGAGGGUAGUAAAUUAUGGCGUAGAUAAUAUUUGCGGUCACGACUCGCGUAACAGUACGGAUAGCAUCAAUGGAAGCUGGUCUGCAUUCGUCCGUGAAUUGAUUAAUAUUACCCU